AUGCGCCUCCAUGCCCUAGUGCUCUUCCUCGGUGCGCUUGCCGGCGGCAAUCUCAAAUUGCCAUAUCCAACGGCGUCGCCCAGGGAAGUCGCCCAACUGCCCAUGGCAGAUAAAAGCCCAAGCGGGUUUCUCUUCCGUGGCGAUUCGCGACCUCCUCGGGUCAUAUUCGAGGAAGGCUUUCAUCCCUUUCGCUGCCACUACCUUCUCGAUACGUCAAAGGCAAGAUUUGUCUCACUCACACGGCGAGCCACGUCGGCCAUCUUUUACGCCAACGGCCGUCAUGCAGGUAACAAGGUGCUGACAACGCAAGGCUACGUGUACGUGCUUUCACCCGAAGGCAUGCGCGAUCGCACUGCAUACUGGCUUCCCGACAUAGACAAGGCGAAUGGUUGGAAGUUCGAAUUAGCCGUGGAUGGGAGCAUUCAGCCAGGAGCAAUCGUCGGUGCGUACCGCUUCGACAAUUUAGGAACCGGGAAGCCUACGGUAGAGGAAUGGAUCGCCAAUCCAGAUUAUCAGUAUCCAAAGGAGAGCCCAUUCACUCCAAAAGGCCGGGGGUGCUGGGCCAGGUCCUGCGCAGGCGUAAAACACCUCGCUUCUGUGACAUGUCGUGGCAUCUCCUGUUUCCGUCUGAAGAAAGCGAGGCCAACGGCCGGAGCGUCCCCAGGCCAGGGAGACGGCAAGACAAAUCCCGGAGAGAGUCCUGAGACGAAAGCCGCGCUUUGCAAACGCGGGCUCGCUGACUGCGACGAGCCGGACUCCAAGGUCGCAGGCAACAACCGCGCAAUCGACGAGGGUCGCAAGGCGUCCAAGAAGACAAAGGGAAAAACGGCAAAAGGCGGCGAACUAAUGGUCACGGCAAGGCGGAUGUCUCGAGAGAGCUUCAACCGUCUCCUGAAACAGUUCGAUUACGGCAGCAUGGAAAAGCAGCAAUACUUGUACAGGGAGCUACGUGCACGACUUCCACGGCUGAAAGGCCUAUCGCGACCGCAGAGAAUUGCUAGACUGACUACCAAGGUCGGGGGAAGGGCCAUGGCCGUUGCCGGACUUGGAUUCUACACCCAAGCCGUGAUGGACGUAUUCUCAAGCGACACUGCGAGCUUCUUAGAAAAGGCGGCCGUGGUAACAUCCAUCUUGCCCGUCAUCGGCUGCGUUGUACAGCUUGCAGAUGAUAUGGAACAGGGACGCGUUGACCAAGUCCAAACUGUUUCGUGCCUUGCUCAAGAUAUUCUACUAUUUCCCGUUGCCCUGGCAAUGCAAGUAGUAGGGGGGGUCGGCGCUUGGCUAGAAGCCGAGAAAAAGCGAUACAACUUAUGGGAUACAGGCCACAUGAGGAUGAGGUGUGUAAGCAGAUGGAUGGAAAGCAUACACAGAGUGAUCAACUACCUGAAAUCAGAUGAGUCUGUUGCUAAUAUCACGGCUCACUUCACGGCAUAUCACAUCGCUAUUUUGUACCAGGCCUCGCAGCUAAUGGGCGAUCUCCAUGCUGCGCAAAAGGGUCUCUCGAGAGACGCUGCCACGGCUCCGAGCCCUGAUGCGCCCCUUGAUAUUAGCGCUCAGGUACGACCCGAGCUUACACGCCAAAUAUGUGCGGAAAUAGCAGAGAGCAAACAUCACCUGCGGGCGAUGCUUCAGUCUAGGGCUCUCAACUACGCGGCUGAGUUCCGACAUCAAUGGAUAAAUCACUUCUUGGAUGAGUGGUUCAAAGCAGCCACCAGGCCCUCUAGAUUUCUUUUCUGGACUCUUAACCUCGACUCACCCGCCAAAAAAACUUUUUUGAAAAAUGAAAUUGACAAGGCCAGAAACCUGAAACUGCCUCUACAUGAACAACAAAUCAAGGAUGCCAUCAGUGAGGCAGUUGAGCGGGUUGAAACACCUGCUCCUUGCAAAUGUAUUCACGACAGUGAGGGAAGCAAGUGUGAAUUUGGGAACUGUCAAGUCCUACAACCUCGAGGAAACACCAGGGAUGCAGGAGGAAGAGUAUUCACCGCCAUGGUGCGGUCUAUUGAGAAAGAUGACGGAUUGCAUCUAUCACACGCUUGCCAGGCCCUCUUCAAGCCAUGCCAGGGUCCCGGUUCGACAGGCCAGACCGGCAGGCCCUUGUGGUGCAAGCCGGCACACCGUUAA